CAGUUUGUGGAAGUCAGCUGUUAGAUAGCAGUGCAUGCAAGAUUGGCCUAAAAUAACAUACAGACUGUGCAAAAACCAGAGAGAGGACGUGGUUGAAACAGGCUAAAGGAAACCACAAGUCUUACAAGAUGGAAUACAAAGUGACCGUGGCUACAGGCACCUUAGAGUACUCGGGCACUAAUAACUAUGUGUAUAUAACCCUGGUGGGGGAGAAUGGAGAGAGUGAGAGGACACUGCUGGACAACCCAGGCUUGGAUCUGUGUCGAGGCGCCGUUGAUGAAUACAUUGUCCAGAGCUCAGCUCCUCUAGGUCGUGUGCUUCUGGUACGCUUGGAGAAGCAGAAGUACUUUGUGGAAGAUAACUGGUUUUGCAAUUAUGUGAAAGUCACACCACCAGGAGGAGAAAACACGCAAACCUUCCCCUGCUACUGUUGGUUAGUGGGAGAUAUUAAAGUAGAAGUCCGUGAUGGCACAGCUAGAAAGCUGUGUGAUGAGAUCCUGCCUCAGGAGCUGGCUUAUCGAAAGGCACAGCUGCAGGAGAGACAGAAAACUUUCCGAUGGAAAGCCUGGGCUUCUGGAAUUCCCAAAUGCAUAGAUGCCAAAUCAGAGGCAGACCUACCCCAGGAUGUUCGCUUUGCCAAUGAGAAGCGCUGUGACUUUGAAUGGUCACUUCAAUACGCGCUUUUGGAGCUGUGUCUGAAGAAGUUUGUUCUCUGGUUUGGGAAAUCUUGGGAAGAGCUGGAUGAUUUUAAACAAUUAUUUUGGAAAUUACGGAGUCCAGUUGCUGAAUACACUAUGGAACACUGGAAGGAGGACUGGUUUUUUGGCCAUAAGUUCCUGAAUGGGUCAAAUCCACGGAUGAUCCAGAGGUGCAAGAAACUGCCCUCCAACUUUCCUGUCCCUGGAGACAUGGUGCAGGCCUUCUUAAGUCCCAACACCACCCUGGAUAAAGAGCUUAAGGCUGGUAAUGUAUACCUUGUUGACUAUGCUAUAAUGGAUGGUGUCCCUGAGAAUGUGAUCAGAGGAAAUAAGCAGCAUAUAGCAGCUCCUUUGUGUUUACUAUAUGAACAUCCAGACAAGGGACUCAUUCCUAUCGCUAUACAGCUUGAACAGAAUCCUAGCAAGGACACACCCAUCUUCCUCCCUAAUGAUCCACCUCUGGCUUGGUUAUUGGCUAAAAUGUGGGUCAGUCAUGCUGACUUUCAGGUCUUCCAGGUGCUAUCGCACCUAUUGCGAACUCACCUCAUAGCGGAGGUGUUCUGUGUGGCUACACUGCGUCACCUCCCUGAAGUCCACCCUAUAAACAAGCUGCUCACUCCUCAUCUGAAGUACACUCUGGAGAUAAACUGCCGUGCACGCACACAGCUCGUCUCUCCUGAUGGCAUCUUCAAAAGGGUGGUGUCCACAGGUGGUGAUGGACUGCUGGUGCUGACUCAAAAGGAGUAUAAGGUCCUGACCUACCGCUCUCUCCAACCCCGUUGGGACUUCAUCGACCGUGGUGUUACCAAACUCAAUAAAUACUUCUACAGGGACCACAGCCUGAUGCUCUGGGAUGCUAUUGAGAAGUUUGUCUCCAGCAUAGUGUCUCUGUAUUAUGGAAGUGACAGUGACAUAGUGCAGGAUUCAGAACUUCAGGCAUGGAUUAAGGAUGCGGUUGAUGAAGGCUUUUUCAGUGUCCCUCACUUUGCAGUCACAUCUUCAAUAACCAGUGACCCAGUUCUAUUGAGUUGGAUCAUGAGCCCUUCUUUUCCUUCUCCAUACUCCUCUCUUUCCAUCAUUCUGGGACAUGAGAUUCUUGGUUUCAUCUUGUUCCAGAACUGUGCAGGCUUUUUUAUUUUUUUAAACCAGUAUGUGGCACUCCUGGCUGUGACAGUGAGAACACAGACAAACAACCCAGGUCUCAGUGAAACAAUCAUGUGACAAUUUAAUGAAAAUAUAGGGUUGGGAAAGUGCAGGGUGAGAGAAUGGUGUAGUCAGUGCAAGCACCAGAGGGCCCAAGCUAGCCACUGGUGAGGUUGCAAGUGGGGGCUGGCUGCGUCUGGGUCUUUCAGCCAUCUUCUAGAGGCAGGUGAGGUGGCUGCAUCCACUGGCAAAAAGUAAACAGUUCUUGGAAGUCUUCUGUGUUGUCCUCGGGGUCAGCAAUGUGCCCUAGGUGGAGAAGGAAUGUGAGAGUCAGUCAACAUGCACAGAGUGAGCCUCACCAACCUCUGUGUGUUGCAGCACCUCUUUAUACUCUGCUGGCUGCUCGAGGAGGGUGGGUUGAAGCACCACUUAUACCGCUCGAGCUGUGUGUGAUCAGUGGGCCCCACUCUAUGGCAAUGCUACUUUUGGCCAUCCAAAACAGGGGUGCUGAAGUGCUGCUGUCCUUCCAGUACCAUGGGAGCAGUUGUGUGUGGAGUGAUGUGCUGCUUAGGUGGUGGUUUCUUUGGGCCACCAUCAUACAGCCCUUUCUGUUCUUGAGUUUUGCCAAUGGAUUGGAUCUUGAGCGAAACUUUCUGUAUUUCCAUUUGUGAAGCCGUCUCUUGAUUUUAGACUUUGACAAUAAUAGGCCUACCUCCACAAGAGUGUUUUUGACUUGACUCAAUGUUGUGAAGGGGUUUUACUUCACCAAGGAAAGAAUUCUACGAUCAUCCAUUUUAGUUGUCUUCUGUAGUCUGCCAGGCCUUUUCGUGUUGCAGAACUCGCCAGUGCAUUUCUUCUUUUUAAGAAUGUACAAAAUUGUUGAUUUGGCCACUCCUACAAUUUCUGCAUCGAAAUCUCUUUUGACUACAUAUUGAGAGUUCCCAUGAAAAGCUGCCAAAUGCAAAUUCAACACUUGAAAUCAACUUGAGACCUUUUUAUCUCCUUAAUUUGCCAUAAAAUAAUGAAGAAACGGGUCACAACUGGCCAUGAAACUGCUUAGCAGUAAAUUUUCCAAUUAUUUUUUAGCCGGUGAAAAUAGAGGGACUAUGUUUAAAAAAAAUUGCUGUAAUCCCUAAAUGGUUAAUCCAGUAUUUUUGUUGAACCACUUGAAUGAAAGCUGAAAGUCUUUACUUCAAUCACAUCUUGAACGGUUAAUUUCAAAUCCAUACAUGUGGUCAGAUACAAAGGCAAAAUUAUGAAAAUCAUGUCAGCCCAAAUAAAACCCAGUUUCCAAAAAAGUUGGGAUGCUUUGUAAAAUAUAAAUGAAAACAAAAUGUGAUGAUAUGGAAAUCAUACUUCACUGAAAAUAGUACAAAGUUGACAUAUCAAAUUUUGAAACAGAUUUUAUUGUAGUUUGAAAAAUAUGUUUUUUUGAAGCUGGGACAGAGACAUGUUUACCACUAUAUUGCAUCACCUCUUCUUUUACCAAUACUCUGUAAACGUUUGGGAAAUAAGGAAACCAAUUUCUAUAGUUUUGAAAGUGAAAUGUUGUCCCAUUCUUGCCUGAUAUAGGAUUUCAGUUGCUCAACAGUAAUAGGGGUAAAUAUGGGGUGUCCAUCAUAUUUUUCAAUUCAUUAUGCACCAAAUGUUUUCAGUGGGAAACAGGUUUGGACUGCAGGUAGGCCACUUUUAAAACCCGGACUCUCUUACUACAGAGCCAUGCAGUUGUAAUAUAUUCUGAAUGCAGUUUGGCAUUGUCUGGCUGAAAUAAUCAAAGCCUUCCCUGAAAAAAAAGCAAAAGGGGGGGCCCAUAUACGAUUCGUACAUUGGGGGAGUGCCUGUUAGAGAGCGCACUUGUCCUGGGCCAUCGGCAUAGUGAGGUAGGGUGGCCAGUUCCUUUCCUCGCCGCCUUUAACUUCCCCAGUGUUUCCACCAGGUCCCCAUUCACUGCUGGGUGGACAGGGAGCGAGCCCCAGAUCCCCGUCGAGCCGAGGCUCGAACCAGGGACCGUUCGCUUAGCGGUCAAGCGCUCUAACCACUUGGCCACCUGCGCUCCUUCCCUGAAAAAGACAUCAUCUGGAUGGCAGCAGAUGUUGCUCCAAAACCUGUGUAUAUUGUUCAGCAUUAAUGUACCUUCCAAGAUGUGCAAGCUACCCAUGCCAUGUAUAUUAAUGCACUCCAUACCAUCCUGGAUGCUAACUUUUGUACUGUGAGCUGAUGAUAACCUGGAUGGUCCGUCUCCCCUUUAGGCUUGAGGAUACUGUGUCCAUGAUUUCCAAAAAGAAAUUCAAAUUUCAAUUUGUCAGACCACAGAACAGUUUUCCACUUUGCCUCAGUCCAUCGUAAAUGAGUUUGAGCCCAGAGAAGGCAGUGGUGUUUCUGGAUAUUGUUUAUGUAUGGUUUCUUCUUUGCAUGGUAGAGAUUUAACUUGCAUUUGUGAAUGCAGUGACAAACUGUGUUCACAGAUGAUGGUUUUCGGAAGUGUUCCUGAGAAAAUGUAGCAAUUUUCACUACAGACUCUUGUCUGUUUUUAACGCAGUGCCGCUUGAGGGUCCGAAGAUCACUGGCAUCCAGUAUUCGUUUUCGGCCUUCUUCCUUGCAUACAGAGAUUUCUCCAUAUUCUCUGAAUCCUUUAAUGAUAUUACGUACCACAGAUGAUGUGAUCUCCAAAUUCUUUGCAAUUAUACGUUGAGCAACAUUAUUCUUAAAUUGUUACGUGAUUUGCUCACAUAGUCUUUCAUAGAGUGGUGAACUAACCCCCAUCUUUACUUCUGAGAAACUUGGCCUCUCUGGGACGCUCUUUUUUUUAAUACUCACUCAUAUUAUUGACCUGUUGCCAAUUAACCAGUUUAUUUGUGAGAUGUUCCCCCAGGUAUUUUUUGUUUUUUAGCAUUACACAACUUUUCCAGUCUUUUGUUGCCCCGUUCCAAAUUUUUGUUGAAAUGUGUUAAUGGCAUUAAAUUCAAAAUAAGCAUAUUUUUUUCAAAAAACAAUACAAUUCUCAGUUUCAACAUUUGAAAUCUUCUGUUUGUUCUCCAAACUCCAUUUCCAGAAAAGUUGGGAUAUUUUCCAAAAUACAAUAAAAACAAAAAAGAUCUGAUUUCUUAAUUCACUUAAACCUUUAUUUAACUGGCAAAAAUAAAAAAAGAUUUUCAGUCGUUCUACUGACCAACUUUGUUUAUAUUUACAAAAUACAAUUAAGUUAUAAUUUAUUGCCUGUAACACACACAAAAAAGUUGAGACAGAGGCAUUAUUACCACUGCAUUACAUGGUCUGGGUGAAUUAUGAAAAACAAAAAUUAUUAUGAAAAGCAACUAAUUCUCAUCUCAUUUCAUUAUCUCUAGCCGCUUUAUCCUUCUACAGGGUCGCAGGCAAGCUGUAGCCUAUCCCAGCUGACUACGGGCGAAAGGCGGGGUACACCCUGGACAAGUCGCCAGGUCAUCACAGGGCUGACACAUAGACACAGACAACCAUUCACAUUCACACCUACGGUCAAUUUAGAGUCACCAGUUAUCCUAACCUGCAUGCCUUUGGACUGUGGGGGAAACCGGAGCACCCGGAGGAAACCCACGCGGACAACAUGCAAACUCCGCACAGAAAAGCCCUCGCCGGCCACGGGGCUCGAACCCGGAACCUUCUUGCUGUGAGGCGACAGCGCUAACCACUACACCACCGUGCCGCCCAAGCAACUAAUUAUCACAAUCAGUUAUUUCUAUGACCAGACAUGAUGUAAUAUAAAUUAUCUCAAAUUGUACUACAUGCAAGAGGUGUGAUUACAUUUAUCCUUAUGAAGAAUAAUUAGCGUUAUUCUUAUCAUUCAUGU